AUGUCUCAGGAACUCAGGAAAAAGGAUAACAAUAACGAUAGAGUUCUGUUUGUGUACAAAAUCUUCGAUGAUUAUAAUUUCUUUCCAAAUACUUUAGAAGUAAGUAAAGAUGAAAAUGCAUCCACUCACUAUCGUAACCUGGGCAACCAGUCCUAUACAAAAAAAGAUCUAUAUAAAGCUUGGCAGUAUUAUAACUUGUCUUUAAUGUAUGCCCCAUCUGAAUCUAUAAGUUUUUGUUUAGCUUUAUCUAACAGAUCUGCAGUAUUUUUUGAAUUAAAUAAGUUUGAGGGUUGUUUACGAGACAUUGAUCUUUGUUUUUCAUAUAAAUAUUCUGAACAAAUUAAGGAUAAAUUAAUUAAAAGAAAAGAGUUGUGCAUUGAAGCCUUAUGUAAGAUUAAAAAGGAAGAAGAAAAUCCAGAAAUUCAAGAUAUUUUGUCAUUUAAAGGCUUAAAAAGUGAACAAUAUGUAGGGGCAAAUUUAAAACUCAAAGUUGUUUCUUCUAAGGAAAUGGGAAGACAUGUUGUAGCAAAACAAGAUAUAAAAGUUGGUGAAAUAUUGGUUGAAGAACAGCCAUACACUCAGAUCAUAUCACGAGACCAGAUGUUGUUUGCAUGCAAUCAUUGUCUUUCCACACAAAUAAAUCUUAUUCCAUGUAAAGAUUGCUGUUUUGCUUUAUAUUGUAGUGAAGAAUGCAGAAAUAAUUCAUGGAAAGAAUAUCAUUAUGUUGAAUGUCCAUUAAUGCCUACACUAUUAGAUAUGAGCUUCACAAAGCUUGAAUUACUGGCUUUACGCAUUGUAAUAAAAGCUAGGAGUGAACAUGACGAUUGGAAAAGCCUAUAUAAAAUAAUUGAAGACGCUGAAUCAAAUGUAGGUACUGAAUUCCAUGGACAUGUAAAAGUUGGGGACAAAUGGAUUUAUGAUUCCAAAUACUAUACAUCAAUACAUACGCUGGCUACUAAUUUUGAUAAGAGAUCUGUAUCAGACAUUUUUCAGAAAUCAGUGACCGCAGCUGUGUUUUUAAAAUUUUUGCUGGAUAAAACAGAUUUCUUAAAUGCUGAUAGUGAUGAGGAAAAAAAUGAAAUUUGCCAAUGUGUGGCGGGCUUACUAUUACUUCAUAUUAUGACAGUUCCAACAAAUAUGCAUGGUCUCACAGUAACUACCGAUAAUGGUGAAGGGAAAUAUGUAUCAGAAAUAAAUGUAAGUAGUGGCGCAUAUGCGUUCCACAGCCUAUUUAACCAUUCAUGUGCACCAAAUGUUGUAAGAUUCACAAAAUAUGGUACAAGCAAAAUGAAAUUGUUUGCUCUGAGACCAAUUAAGAAAGGGAUGCAGAUAUUUGAUAAUUAUGGGUUCCAUCAUGGAUUAGAGGACUGUAUGGAACGACAAACAGCUCUGAGGUUCCAAUACAAGUUUGUUUGCAUGUGUGAAGCUUGUGUCAACCUUUGGCCCACAUAUUUUCAAUUACUUAUGCAUCGAAAGAGGAUUCCAAACAAAAUCGUAAGAAAUAAGAACAAAUGGUUAACAACAAACAUAAUAGAUAGGUUACAAAAUGGUGAUAUGGAUACUGUAAGAAAAUUCUAUCAUAAAAUUUGCACUUUAUGUGAAGAGUUAGACAGUUUUGCACCCAGUACUGAGUUAUGUGACUGUCAGGAAGCACUUAAACAAUGUCUAUUUAUAUUGCAAGGCUUGGUUUUGUAUGCUUAUAACCAGAAGGUGGAUUGGACAUUGAAACCAUUCUAA